UAGAGUUUUACAAGUAGAGAUUAGAUUUGUUGUAACAACCAAGGCUCAGAUGUUGGCAGUGAUCCUAUCCUGAAUACAGGCACAGAAUACUUAUUAAACACUCUAAAACAGAAUUAUACUAAAAACAAUAAUAUCUCAAAAUCUAAGUGGUGAUUAAAACUGGUUGAAAAGCUAUUUCAUAUUAGUAUAAGCCCAGCAAUGAACCAUCCUGAUCCAAGUGUAUUUCUUGAAAGAUACAUGCCAAACCAAAUCCACUAUCAAAGUACACAGUCUUGAUCAUGCACAAGUUAAUGAGAUUCAUAAUCCUUUUGGCUGGUCAUGUGACCGUGUCGUACCUCCUCUGAUUCUGAUGUGUCCAGAGGAGGUUGGUCACGCGUCAUAAUUUGCUCAUGUGACUGCAAAAUCUUUUCUUUUUUUGUUGUUGCCAUUUCCAAUGAAUCUCAUUAUUCUCCAACCUUUUCCAACCUAGCGUUAGAUCGUAACGCAGUAGUGCAAAGUAUUGCGAAUGUGUUAGCACUGAUGUCUUCUCUUCUAAAACGACCUAGGAGCAGUCCAACUUACUUGACACCGACCAGGCCAGGAAAACGAGCACCCCUAAGGCUAAGACUGUUAGAAAACUCUCCCCAUAGUAGAUUCCCAGUCUGUAAACCUAGGCAGCUGGAGCUUGGUUCUCCUCACCAUAUUAUUCAUUCUGCUAAUGCAAGUGUUACAGCUCCUCAACGACAAGUAUACUGUAGACAAUAUGCUGAUGCUUGGAGUGAGGCUGAGAUCAAGGCUUUGGUAGAGUUUGUUCACUUUCACUGCGAUAAGAGCAACUGGCCCACUCAUCACAACAACAAAUAUUGGAAAGCAGCUGCUUCAUUUGUUAGAACACAAGCCAAAACAACAGUUCAGCGAUCAGGUGCAUCAUGCCGGUAUAAAGUUGUUGGUUGGUUAAAGAAAAAAUUUGCUCAGCCCCAAAAUGCAGAGGACUUCUACUUUGCUUUACAUUCUUCUGUUGCUAUACAAACUGAAGAAGCUAGUGUUAAGGUGCAGACCAGGUCCAAUACAGCCAAUGUCAGCGUACAGACCGCACGCAUGUUAACAACAGCUAGUGUUCAGACUCAGACGGAAGAAACAGUACCUGUGGCAGUAAGUGUUGAGGUGCAAACAGAUGAACCUGCAAUCACAAGUGCUCACCCAGUCGUAUCACCUGAUUUGCUGGCUUUGUCUGAAAUGUUUUGUGACUAUUGUAAGGAAACUUUGCAUUUAUGUGUACCAGCAGAUUUCCUGGAAUUGUCAGCAGCAGCAAUGACUCACCUACAGAACCACGGUCGAUCAAAUGUUAUGUAUAAUCUGGCCAAAGGUGUGGGUACCGAACGACCAGACCAAAGUGAUUCCUGUUUCCCUGUUCGUAGGAUGCCAAUAGGACUUGUAGAAUAUGUCACCAAUUUCUUUUCAGCUACAGACAUUAACUCGGUUCCACCAUGUCCACAUGAUUAUCGAUCGUGGUUGGAGACUAUGUACUGCCAGUUUGGUCAGAAGUGGGCUAAACUCCAUCAUGGGCCAAUGUGGAGUGUAUCUGAAUUGCAUGGGACCUCUCACCAGAAAGAAAGAACACAGUCCAGGUAUAUAUACUCAUGCAGGAGGAGACGGGUUGUGGCUGCAUGAUUGUAUUAACUCCGGGCCUGUAUAUUAGUGUGUCUUUAUAUAAUUAUAGUUCAUGUGUAAGUAGUGUUUCUCAGGCGUUAGCCAAUAUUCCUUCAGUAAGUGAGAGUACUCUCCGUCGUGACAUUGCUGAUAGUGGAAUUUCUUUGGAUGCCAGUAUUCAGAUAUCUGUGUUAGAUGAAGCAGCCCGUGUUCAUCCAGACACUUGGUGGUGGAUUAAAGCUGAUGGUGUUGACUUGGUGAGUGGAUUAGGAGAGUCAGUGAGAGGUGUUUGGAGUGGAGAUGUAGAUCUCGCUGACGGUUCACUGAAAAAAGCGUACGAUGCUCAUCAAACCAGGUUAAUGUUUGUCAAGAGGAUAGGAGUUGAAACAAGGUCAGAUUCUUCCAUCAUUCUGAAGGACCUCAUGAUGUUGGAACAGCUUGUCGUGGAAGAUUUAAAACACAUCUCAGCUUGUAUUACAGUAAAAGCAAAGCAUUAUGAAGAGAAGCAAGCAGCAGGAAAAACCUCCGAGAAGCAGAUGUUUGGAUUGGCAUGGGAUGUUGAAGAGCUGGGCCGCAUCAAUGAGAGUGGAAGACAGCUUGUAGUGGAAAGUAGAGCUAUGACGGACAAGCUGCGUGAUCCUGCUUACGAUAAAGUUUCUGAAAACUUUCCCAGGAAAUUGAGUUCAUUCAGGGAACAAGCUGUCCAGUUUUUAAAGAAAUCAAUGAAAUUUAAACGUACCCCGGCUACUCAUGUGCUUGUGGUAAUGAUUAGCCCAGAAGAGCGGAAUAAGAAACCUUAUGCUCUGCCGGUUCAGUGUGUGGCAUAUCAUUCUUUAAAAGAUGAAGCUGUCCGGUCUCUUGUCAACUCAAUGAUCAAAGAAAUGACUUCAAGAGGAAUGAAAGUAGCUGGAUUUGUUACUGAUGGGGAGUGGAAUUCAUUAAGAUCAAAGGGGAGAGAAUGCCCACUCAGUAUUUUUGAGAUCCGUGCUCAAGUUCGUCGAAAGUAUACUAGACUCUCUGUCAAAACUAUGACAGAUAUGUUAACGCCCAAAGAGUUAUCAGGAGGCUUAAUACAAGCUUUGCAUCCAAACCCUGCUGUUAGUCAAGACAUAUUGAAGAAAGUUUACACUUGUCUUAGUGAAGAAGAAUGCUCAAUGGAAGAUGUGAUAGUGCGCCUACGACAGAGGACCGUUCCUUCGGGAUAUGACUAUCAUAUGGAUUUCUGGUAAUCUAGUGUACAGUGUAUAAUACAGUCAGUAUAUAUAAUGAUGUCAUAUAGAUCAGUUAUGUUAGUGACAUAAUAAUAUCUAUUGACCAUCUCAUUAUCA